AUGAAAUCGAGACCAACAAGCAAGUAAACGACUUCAGAGCAUUCAUAUGCUCCACCUCUUUCGUACAGCUACACUCCACUCCAAACCUGCUACUCAAACCUACACUUGACUCACACUUACAUCUAACUCCCCUUACUUUUCAAUCAGCAUUGUUACAGUUGUCAUGUUCAGGCUGCUCUCGUCAGCUACUCAUGUUUCUUUCGAGAUAAUGAGAAUGUUUAACGGACUAGGCCUCUCAGUAACGAAGAUGACCAUUUUAAAUGAAUCCGAUUAUUCCAAGUUUAUUUUUUCCCCGUUCAUUUAAGUAGAUUGUAUUGAAGAAAUAUUUUUUUUAGUUUGAAUACAAUAUCUUCACUCCGCUACUAAGGGCGGCGACGAAAGUGGAAUAUAGCUUUAGCGUGCUUAACUGAAAGCAGCAGCAUAGUAGCUGGAUAGGCACAGACGGGUCAAGGAGGCUUUUUUUUUUUAUAAAUUUAAGACUCUUUUACAGAAUUGAUUCGUAAAAUUUCAUCAUGGCUGGGGAUGAACCACCAUUCCUCAGUGUUGGCACUGAUGUCAGUGCUAAAUACCGUGGAGCAUUUUGCGAAGCCAAGGUUAAAAAGAUUGUGCGAACAGUAAAGUGUAAGGUUUUCUUAAAGGAAAGUCAAACAUCUGUAAUUGUUACCGAUGACUGUAUUGAGGGCCCUCUUAAGGUUGGUGCUCCUGUUCUGGUUAACAUGUCAGAGACUAAUCAUUCAGCUGAAGGUGUUGUUAACAAAGUCAAUGACUGUAGCAUGUACACUGUUGUGUUUGAUGAUGGAGAUGAGAGGACACUCAGAAGAACUCAAUUAUGUUUAAAAGGAGAGAAACACUUUGUAGAAAGUGAAACUCUGGACCAUUUGCCUCUGUCUCACCCAGAACACUUCGGGACUCCAGUAAUGCAGAGUAAGAAAGGGAAAAGAGGAAGGUAUUCUGCUUCAGGGGCUGAUUAUGAAGAAGACAGCAGCUCCGAAGACAGUCCACCUAAAAGAGCAUCGUACAAAGGACGAUUUCAAGAACUCGUUGGAAAAGUGAUGUGUAUGGAAACUGGAGAUAAGAGAAAAUCCCCUUUAUAUGUACCUGUUCUCGUUGUUUUACCUGAUGCUCAUCAAGUUGAACUGAAGAACAAAGAUCACCUGCUUGUGCGGUCAUUUAAAGAUGGAAAAUUUAUCACAAUAUCAAAGAAAGAUCUGAAAGACUUUACUCGUGAAAUAGCUGUGAAAAAUGAAGACAAAGGAUUGAAAGCUGCUAUGGAGAAAGCAUUAUUAUACUUUGAUUGUCAUGAACUUCCACAGAACUGGACUAAAGAAGAAUUACUUGGGACUGAUGAUGAUAGUGAAAAUGAUGAUGAAGAUUCCUCUGAUGAUGAACCUUGUGAAGAAGAAGAUCGAUUUGUAGCUCAGUUGUAUAAAUUUAUGGACGACAGAGGAACACCAAUCAAUAAAGGACCUUCGUUAGGGAACAGAGAUUUGAAUUUGUAUAAGCUCUUCAAAAUUGUUCAGAACUUCGGAGGAUAUAAUAAGGUUACAAACACAAUGAAAUGGAGAUGGGUCUACUCAAAAAUGAAAAUGCCUGCAUCCAAUAAUGGCUCACAUCAGAUAAAGAAUGCAUAUAAGAAAUACUUGCAUGCAUUUGAAGAUUUUUAUCGCAAACUUGGAAGUACAAUGGGAACAAUUAGCCGUCCAAGAAGCAGUCGACACAGUACAGGAAGAAGCAUUUUGUUUUUAAGAGCUAGAGAUAGCUGUCGUUCACCACGUGAUCGGAAAAAUGCUGUUAAAGAAGAAGAAAAGAAUAAAGAUGAUGAUGACAAGAAAACAAAAGAUUCUGACAAUGCCAAAAGUAGUUCUGAUACUCAGUCUGCCACCAAUGUUGAAGAAUCUGAAAAUGAAGUUUGUGUCAAGAAAGAGCCCAAAGAGAAAGCCGAUGAAGAACCUGUGAAAAAGGAGACGAGUAAGAAAGAUAAAGUGAAACGAGAGAAAGAACGAGUUAAAAAGGAAGUGAAAGAAGAACAAGACGAUGGUGAUACAAAAGAAGAAAAGAAGAGUGAUAAGAAAGAAGAUUCAAAGCACACGAGAAAGCGGGAUGAUGACAAAAAGGCAGAUUCGUCAUCAAAAGGAGCUGAAAGGAAAACCACCAAGAAAGAUAAGGAAGCGAAAACACCAGAUGUUAAAAAAGAACUCCCAAAGAAAAGGGUUAGAAAACGGUCAACUAGAGGAGAUGAUGUUAAAAAAGAAACCGAUGUUAAAAAUACACCAGAGUCAAUGAAAUCCAAAUUUGAUAUGUUUAUAAAAGAUGAAAAAGGAAGCAAAGAGACAAAAUCUGCAAAAGAGGAGAAAAGUACAAAAGAGAAAAAGAGCAAGGAAGAUAAAAAUAAAGACAGUCGGGAAGACAAGAAAGAAACAAAAGUUAAAGCUGAAGUCGAUGAAGAGGGUGAUUCUAAGAGAAAUGAGGAACCUGCUGAUAGUGAGGAUGAUGAUGAUGACGAGGAAGAUGAAGAAGAGGAAGAAGAAGGAAAAUCUGUUGGAUUAGGUGGUUCUGGUGAAUAUCCUACAGGAACUAAACUCAGAGUCAAGUAUGGAAGAGGGAGGAAUCAGAAAAUAUAUGAGGCAAAAGUUGUUGAAUUUGGUGCUGAGGGUGGGCAUGAACAAUAUUUAGUGCAUUAUGCAGGGUGGAACACUAGGUAUGAUGAAUGGGUCAGGCCUGAAAGAAUUGUCAAAGUUCUUGGUAAGCCUGAAUUGGGAACAAAAAAGAAAGCGAAGAGUCAUUCACCAAGAUCUCCAAAGGGACCUGGAGCAACCAAGAAGCGUGUCCAGAAUCAGAAUCGUUCUCAACAAGCAACCAGCUGUGGGAAAGAAGAAAACCGACCUGUUAAAGGCAGGACGCCAACUAUUUCAACGUCAACAACUUCGUCAACUUCAUCUUCACCUGCUACAACAGCAUUAUCCUCUGCAUUAUCAGUUACUGUACUACCAUCAUCUGCACCAACAUUAUCGUCGUCUUCUUCGUCAUCACUAUUAUCAACAUCUUCAUCCUCCUUAUCCUCAUCAUCAUCAUCGUCGUCGCCGUUAUUAACAUCUUGCACCACAGCUGCCACUGUUGCAAUCACGACCACCACAGCCACCACCACUACCAUCACUGCCACUGCUGCAGCUGCUGCCACCACGACAACCACGACCACCACAACUUCUGCCACCACCACGACUGCAGCCACCACUUCAACCACCUCCAGCACCACCACAUUACCUUCAUCUACAUUGUUUGUCCCGCUCCCUCCCUUGCACCUUCCACCACCACCGCCGCCGCCGCCACCUCCGCCACCGCCACCCCCUCCUCCUCCGCCUUCACCACCCCCAUCAUCACCGAUCACACAGCCAGUGCCAACAAAAUUACUGACUGCUCCACCAACCCAGGUAUCUUCUGUACCUGUGACGCCUAUGCCAACCACACCAGCAGCAGUCAACUCAACGCCUCCAUUGUCGGGCUCUUCACCUCGCGCCAUAAAAGACAACCAGGCCAAAGUGCGGCCCACACGAUCAAAUAGCAUGGAAUUUCCUGUCUUAGAAGGACUCCCUCCAAAACGCCGACCACGGAGGAGCUCUGGAUUAACAGAAUCUUCUGAUGUUCAAUCUCCAGCAGAAAGUGACGAUAGUGGAGAAAGUGAUGGAGAAUACAAAAAUGAAGAUGCAGAAGAAGAAAACAAAGUUACUAUUGAUACAACAAAGGAAGAAGCUGUUAAAGAGAUGCUGAAGAAAAUGGAUGAUAUCGAAAGGAAUUCCGUGGCUGAAAGCAAAAAAAUUGUGAGCUGUGAUCAAGCAGAAAAGAACGUGUCUCAUUCUCAGCCAGAAGAACCACAAAUAAACUCUGUUCCACUUGCUUCAGAGCCUAAGGAUAGAGUCCCUGAAGUGAAAGAAGAAAGGGUCUUAACUGUUACAGAUGGAAGUGCUAAUUUUAAAAACUUAACUGUGACUUGUCAUGAAAUAGUAAAAGCCCAAAAUUCAACUUCCAAAAUGCUAAAAGAGGACAGCAAUAAUUUAAAGGAACAAGCUGCUGAAUAUUUUGAGGCUAGAAAGGAGCGUGUUCCUGAGUCUUAUGAUACCGAUGAUGUCCUUAAUUUAGAAUGUGAUGAGAAGAUUUUUGAUGAUUCUGAAGAAAGUGAAGUUCACGUACAGCAGCAGCAACAACAACAACAGCAACAGCAGCAGCAGCAGCAACAGCAACAACAACAUCAGCAACAACAUCAGUUGCAUCAGCAGCAGCAACUACAAUCUCAUCCUCCACAACCACCACAAUCGCAGUUGCAGAUACAACCUCAACAGCAGCAACCACAACAGCAGUUACCGCAGAAACAACAACACCAACCGCUACCACCACCGCCGCCGCCACCACCGCAGCAGUCACCAGUUCCACCUCCACCACCUCCACCGCCGCCGCUACCACCACCACCACCACAGCAACAACAGCAUUCACAACAGCAACAUCCACAACAACAACAACAACAACAACAGCAGCAGCAGCUGCAGAUGUUGCCAAGAAUAAUGGGCCCAUACAUGUAUCAAUCACAGUCGGUGAUGUUUGAACCAACACCUCUGUCAUGUGUAGAAAGUGUUCUUCCUGUGAAGGAGGCAGAUAAGAAAGAAAAGGCGAAGCCAAAGCGGAAAGACUGUAAAGAACCAAAACAACAAACUGUUUUAAGUAACAUCAAAGAAGCUGUUCCAGAUGAAAGUACAUUGCAUCAUAUAAAGUUAAAGUCCAACGUGUAUAACCUUUACGGUCCUUGCCAACAGGGACCACCCGUAUAUGUUAGUGAUGCGAUGAGAGACAUUGAUAUAAAAACUGAAGAAGAGUUCUGUCGGAGUGAAGAAGUCCCUAAAGAGUUUGGCGAUAUUGUGAAGAAGAAACCAGCUAAAAAGAAGAUCAAAAAGAAAGCUGCUGAAUCUGAUGAUUUCGAAAGUUCUGUUCUUGAAAGUAAGGAUAACCUGAAGAAGACUGUAGCAGUACCUGUCAGUAGUAAAUCGCAAAAAUGUGAUAAAAUAGACAAACCUACUUUCAGUAAGGUGAAAGAAAGCAAAAAGAGCAAAGAGACAUAUUCUAGUACAAAUGACACAGAAUCUACAAUUGUCGCUGCUGCGGCUGCAGCAUCAGCCGCAGUAGCUGUUGCCAAUGCCAAGUCUGAGGCUCAUAUUGAAUCUUUGUACAGCAUGGCUCCAAAAGAAGUUGUCCAUGUGCAGUCUGUUGGCCCUGAUAUUGCACCUGCUGAGAAACCAUCAGUUAAAUCAGGCUCUGCUUCGGCUCAUUGUCUUCUGGAAACAGUUCGCUCUAUUGUAGAUGAUUAUGGUAUAGAUGUCGGAAGUAGCUGUUCGCGUUCAGAUGUCACCAGUUCACAAAACCAAAGACAGGUAGUAUUAUCAAACACUCCACCUUAUUCUCCAGAAACCGAUCUAAUACCAUCAGAUGCCGAAGAUGUAAUGCCUCAACAUCAGGGUGGUAUAUGCAGAGAUCUUGAUCACGAGGAAGAUGAAGAUGGGGAUUUUGAGGAUGAUGAUGAUCAUGAAACAAUCAACAGGGACAGACUUCCUGGGAGUGAAUCUCCACAUGAGUGCAAUGCAAGCACAAUAUCAAAUGACAGUUGUGGUAGUAGCAGUGGAAAUAUACCUAGUUCAGAUAGUAGCAAUGAUGUCGCUCCAACUGCAAAACGGAAAAGAGAUGAUCUUGAUUAUAUCCCUACAAAGAAGAAAAAGCGUACAAAUAAAACUAACAAAACUUCAUUAGAGAGGAGGAGAGAAGUUAAACCAUCAGAAUGUGAAGAAAACUAUAGCAUAGAAGACAAGGGUGCUGAAACUUCAAGUCCAGAAUAUGAAGUGUCUUCAAUACCACACAUUUUAUCUCCACACCCACCAUUACCUAAACCAAAUUCUAUCACGUCAAAACCUCCAAGACCUUCUAAAUACAAUUUUAACCUAGAAGAAGCUCAGGACCUUGACGGAGAGAAACGAAUCACAUUCCUGAUGGAAAAGAUACAACAUAUACGGAGACUGUACAUGAACCUUAAAACUGAAGUAGCCUCUAUCGACAGGCGGAGAAAACGUGCAAAGAGGAAAGAAAGAGAAAUGCCAACACUAUUGAAGUUUCCUUGUGCUCUCUACCCCGAGAAGAGUUUUCACUACUCUGUCUCUGUUCAAAGCAGCAUGACCAAGAAGGUGAAAUAAGGGAAUGUCUUGCAAGAAGAUUCGGGAUAAGUGAUUGGAAUGAAAGAAUAAUGGUAGAGAUACAGUGCUGGAGUGAGAGGGGUGCUGUAAUAACUCACAAGAGCUCAGAGUACAUCUCAACUCCUCAUUUAAAUGAAUUAUAACUCACAGAAAUUGUUUAGUAAAUAAAUAAAUAAAAAUUUUAAUUACUUGCUAUGA